AUGUCGGAAAUAAAAAGAAGUUCUAAGUUCAUGAUGAAGAAAAUAUCUAAACUCGCAUUUGAAUAUUUUGUUUCAAGGAAUAAAAUUCCUAUGUUUGUAACAGAAAAAUUCUUAAGCUCCAUGAACUACCCACGACAUUCAGUCAAAGAAAGACUGAUGAAUGAAAAUAUCGAAGCUAAGAAGAUUCUAAAAGUUUAG